AUGAGCGACCAACUCCUGGUGCGGGAAAGGACUCCACCGCCGCAGGCGGCCGUCGAUAGCCUUCGAGACCACCCCUCGAGCCUCUGCGAUCUCCCCUCAAGUCCCCCAGCCGCAGAUCAGGUUGUCGCACGACCCGCCUCGGUCGGCAGGGCACAGCUCCCAGAUCGCCCCACGCCAGCAAGCGAUCCAGACCAAGAACUGAGCCCCGUUCCGACUGAAAGCAUGAGCCCUCCAAGUAGCAUCAUCAUCAACCCCCUCCGCGACGAGAUCGUAGUCAGUUCUCACGGUAACGGAAUCCCUCACAAACCUUCCUUCUCCCGAGUCUCUGGCGGCGAUUGGGACACGGAAACGCUAGAUGAUUCUCGCGGGACUGUCGAACCCCGCCGCGGAGCUAAGCGGAGCCUCCUUCCUGACAGUCCUCCGCGCCGUGCAGAUAUCCACCCAGAUCGUACUCCCGUCGACCCACCGCGAGAGUUGGAGCCGCGCCGCACCAAGGUUGUGCGACGGGCUGUUUCUAGCCAGGGCCUCAAGGGCGUGGUGCUCGGCUAUUGGAGGGAUUCUCGUGUGCCCAACGUAGCAGAUAGGCACGCCGUCAUCGGCUUCAUCGACGUUCGCGACCGACUACGCACCCAGAUCCAGAAUACCACCCGCUCAGGGAAGCCCCGCAUCGUCUUCGUCGACCACCUCGUCGGGCUCGACCAGCACCACGUCAAGGAGUACGUCAAGGUUCGCUCCGACAUGAACCCGACCGAUGCGAAUGACACUUCGGAGGCCGAUCUAGCCGCCCGAGCCGAGGCUAUUGGCCGUCUCAAACUCAACCCUGUAUCCGACUCGGCACCACCUGCCCCCAUGGCAUACGGCGAAGACGUGCCCGAAGCCCUCCUCACCCCGCCCGAGCCGAUAGCUCGAAUAAGCGUGGAGGAGCGCGACAAGCACGCAGUCUACGGCAUUCUCGGCCAAAACGACAUGUUCCGCGUCAAGUUGGUGCGGGAAACCCGGGACGGCCGCUAUAUCAACGGCAACUUCCCGAUUGGGGCCGGAGCGCUCUGGAUCCAUUACGACGAGGUCCAUUUCGAGCCCCACCUCGAGUCUUUAAGCCGCACCGAGGUCAAGGAGUAUUGCCGCAUCCGCCAGUAUCAACUCGACCACGAUGAAGAAACCGAGGAGCAACGGGCGGUCAAUGAGGACGUGGCCAUCCGCUACGCUCGCGAACGCGUCGCUGCGGGUUUCCGCGGCUACAUUAGCACCGCCGCCCCGAAGCAGACUCGUUCGAGCAUGGCCGAGGUCCGCCCCAACUACAAUGAGUCUUCAAACCACCGCGCCGCUUCGGAACUCGUGGAACGGACGAGUAGCAUUGCUCAGCGCGAGAUUGCCCGCGCGGAAGCUGCCCAGCUCCGCCAGGACCGCUACGCCGCAACCAAGGAAGCCGCCGUUGCGGCCGCGGCGGCCGUAUCCCCAACCUCGCAUGCGGGCCCCUACCCGGCAUGCUCUCCGCCUGGCAGCCGCCCGCCCUUCCACGAGUCGGACGACAUGAUGCGCUUAAACAGCGUGUGGGCGCGGCAGGAGGCUCAACGUAUCCGCAACGCCGGGCAGGACGAUGCCAAGAUUUACAACGGCAUCAAGUACGAGCGCAAGGCGACCGGUCCGUUUCAGGGACGUUUUGUUUCCCAGGGGACUAUUAUCAGUAUCGAUGGGGAUGAUUAUGUCGAGUACCGUGUCCUGACGAAGCCUUGCUUCUUCUAA